AUGGCAUGCAAAUUCAACUCCAUUAAAUUAAUUUCAUUCUGUAUCUUCUCGCUACUAAAAUACCAGGGCCUAUUUUCUCAAAGCACCGAGAAGUACAGCAGCGAUACGUGCUCCGUUUGCCUGAACAACUUCUACAAGGACGUCACGCAGAGCUCAUGGAAACUGGAUAAAUUAUACGAAGAGAUGAGAUACAAUGUGAACAGUUUCAUAUCGGCUUUCAACAAAAACAAGACUGAAAUACUUAAAAUUUUCACGGAGGCGAAAAUGGAAAUAAAGGCGCCAGGAUAUAUGGGAAGAACAGGAGUUCCUGGAGAUACGGGAUCAACUGGAAAUACGGGAUGGACAGGAAAAACUGGUCAACCAGGUAUGACAGGAUCACCUGGAUUGACAGGUUUUCCGGGAUUUCCGGGAGAUCCUGGAUUAAUGGGAUAUACUGGAUUACCGGGAAAUACAGGUUAUCUUGAAUUUUGUGAACAAUAUCAAAUAUUUAAAAACGGAGUUCGUCUGAUUUUGUUUUCUGUUGGGAAUUUUUCGGCUGCAGAUAAUAUUGUCGGAAAUUUUAAAAUAAUAAUAUGA